CCCGACGAAUGAAUGUCCGACAGCGAAUGUGCUGGAGUCAGCAGGAUGGCAUCUUUGACUGUGGCGAGGAGCCAGAGCAUUUAAGCCUGCAGCACCUCUACAUAUUGUUCUGUCUGCCACACAACAAAACCAGGGCCUCCGCUGCAAAAUACAGCCAAGAGCAACACUGCUGAGCUGCAGUCAGAAGAGGCAGAUCAGGGGGCUGCUGGUGUACAAGUCGGUCAGUCACGCAAACAUUUCUUUGCUUACAUUCGGGUUGGAUUUGUUGGUUUUGAGAUACAUGUUGAAAAAUGACCAGCAACGAGGAGGCCAGACCGUUUGGUACGAUGACAACAGCUGCCCCAGAGGACACUCAGGGUGAUGAUAUGAAGUCCAGACAGGAACAAGAGGAGAAACUGAUCCUCACAGCCUGGCAAAGCAUGUCCUCAGCUCUGCAGCAGCACAGUUUGUGCAAAGACCCCAGACCUCCAGGCCCGACUCAGUCUUUCCUGGCCAAGCAGAGGCAGUCCACCCAGGCCAGGAGGGUGCUCUCCCCCCAGCUGCAGCCCAGGUAGGAGCCUCCAUCUGCAGGGACAAGUGGAGGAUUACAGCCCACUCACAGGUGUGAUGGAAAGCAAAAUAGAGGAAGAAGGUGCUUAUUUUCUGUCUUUUUCCCCCCCCAUGAAAUCACUGUCUGUGCUCUAUUUGGUUUGCUGCUAUCACCCCCUGCUGGUCAAUGCUGGAACUGGAGUUAUAUUUAGGAUGAUGUAAAAACAAAAUAGCUAAUGUUAUAAAUUACUGUCUUUAGCUGUUUUAUACCUAAAUGUGCUUGUCAAUAAUCACCAGAUUGUCUGCUCCAUUCAUCAUUGUAUAAUAUUUAUACAUUUAUUUUUGUAGAUAAGAUACAAUUUCCUUUAGAAAUGAUGCAAAACAUAUUAAUUUUGUCAUUAAUGUAAAACAGUUGUGUAUUCUCAUUCAUUUCAUUCAAAGUUUGUUUAAAUAAAGUCUGAAAAUACGACAGAUAAUGCAUUAGAAAUCAAUCUAUUUACAGGGAUAUUUUAGUAAUCAAAGAAAAUAAAGUCCACAAGUAAAACUGUCCCCCACUUUUGUCUGUUCAUUUCAGCACCUUUUUUGUUUUUUCAGUACAAAUUUAGGUUGAUGAUAAAAUACAUGUACAGUCUUCAGUAGCCUAAUAACAGGCAAUAUGUUGAUAUUCUAAAAUAUAAUGUGCAGAUAACUGAAAAAACAACAACAAACAAACACAUUUUUAAACACACACUCCUCCUUGACCCCCUGGCCAGCUGGGGCCUAUCUGUAUGGAGUUUGCAGCAGUCAGCGUGUGAUGUCCCAUGUCACCUACAUGUCCAUUUGUGUCAUAUUGUAUCUUGCUGGUGGUCCAGCAGAGGUGGAGGGAUUUUGCCUCUCGAAACAAAAUCUGGGAGUUCAACAUUGUCUUUUAUUUAAUAUUUUUUCAUUUUUCUCUCUGCUCCAAAAGUGCUGCAGAUUCAAAGUAAUAGUGGAAGCACAGUUUUAU